ACGUCCGGCUCGGGCUCAAAAGGAACAACCGAUAUGAACCCCUCGCUUCCGGUGAUGCCUCCUUUUCGGCAGCGGCUAUUUCCUCGCCAACAUGCCAGUGAGUAUUGAGAGGCCUUCGAAAGAUGACAGUUUUACCUUUUUAUCGAGUCCGUCAGAGUCCACACUCGGCUCUAUUGUUAGGUUAGAAAUUAGCGAUCCGGCUCAUGUCGGUAUUAGGUGAAUCCGCUGAGUUUAGGUCUCAGUUUGACACGAAUAAUUCUGCACAUUUGAGCGCAUUGCGAGCGCGUUGUGACACAAGAUGGCCGCGCACAGAGCGCAAACAUGGAGCCAGUUCAUCAGCGGAUCUGAACUAAACGCCACGAAAGUCUGCUAUAAACAUUCGUGAGGCUUUCUGUCGGUUUAAUUUAAGAGUGAUGGAGAGUUUGCGCAGAAUUGAGCCGUAAAUAUUCAAAGAAUCUCCAUCAGUUGAGAAAAAAUGCGUAGUUACCUAAGCAUAAAAUACAGGCCUGAAGAGCCUGAGCACACACAUACCCUGAGUAUUUCAGACAGUAACGAUGCUAACAGAAAGGCUAGCGCUAGCUUUGGUGCUCCGAGACAAAACGCAGAAAAUAUUGAACUGGAAAACUAAGAUUUUACCGAAAUAUCAGUUUUUUUAGUCAGCAACUAAAACUGAAGCUGGUCAGUCAAUUGACAGCUUCCCGAUUCUACCCUGUUUUAAUUCUUGUUUUGCUCAGUCAUUUCUUUUAAUUUCCUUCUCCAUCAGCUCGCGAAAGACUUGUUGCACCCAUCCCCUGAGGAGGAGAAGAGGAGGCACAAGAAGAAGCGUCUAGUCCAGAGUCCCAACUCUUACUUCAUGGAUGUGAAGUGUCCAGGUACUGGUGUCAUUUUAUUCAGAAUGGUGGAUUUCCACACUUUAUGACUGGGUUUGGUUUCUGACCGACUCCUUUAUGUCUUUUAACAGGAUGCUACAAGAUCACGACAGUGUUCAGCCACGCUCAGACAGUUGUGCUGUGCGUGGGCUGUUCAACAGUCCUGUGUCAGCCCACUGGAGGCAAAGCACGUCUCACAGAGGGUCAGUAUCUAAGGACAGUGGAAAUGAAGUCAUAGGUCUCUGAUGUUGACAUUAGUAUAGUUAAGUGACUAUGUGCAAGUAAUACAUUCAGAGGAAGGUGAUGUUGUUGCAUGUUACAUUGAAAUUAUGCCCUGGAAAUUUAUAAUAUUCAAUUGUUGAUGCAAAUUUCUGGAAGUGGUUCCUUCAACUGCAGGAGACUCUGCCUCAGACCCCAGCAAGUGAUUUAAAGGACAUUUUAAGUGGUUAAAGUAAAGACCAAAUCCUCUUAAGUUGGCUGACAAACAGCAGACGUGUGAAGCUCAACUUCUAAAAUUAAAACUAGUUUUCACUCAUGGCUAAUAAAAUUCAGUAAGGGUUGAAUAAUGCUGCGUUUGAGUUACCUCAGAAGUCCGAGCUGAAAAUGACGCCACAUCCAAGUUCUGAGUUUUUCAGUUACCAAGUCGGUAAAAAACAAAAUGGCUACAUCUACGAAAGUUAUUUUUGCCUUGUCCGAAUAUAUGGCAAGCGCUAAAAUAACUUUUGUAGCUGUAGCCAUCAUGUUUCAGGUCUGAUUUUGCUUUUUUCUGACUUGAUAACUGUAACGCUCGGAAGUCGGGUGUGGCGUCAUUUUCAGCUCCAACAUCUGAAUUCCGAGGUAACUCGAACGCAGCAUUAGUUCUGAACUAAAUGUCUUUGACCAAUUCCUGUUACGGGUACUGUCUGCUAUAACAAUUCUUCCUUGGGUGUCGAUCUUUUGAUGGUUGUCUUUAUCACUACAUUAUCCUCUUAAAGCCUCAGAAGUUUAGAAAAAACAGAAGUGCCGAAAAAUGCCUUAAUUGGAGUGAAACAUUUUUGUGCUUGGUUAAUCUUAAAGUUGCUGACAAAAGCUUGCUUGCAUUUUUAAUUAUCCCAACCCCGUAAUAAAUUAUUUGUUGUGGGUUAAUACUGUGGCGUAUUACGAGUUUUUGGCCGCACUGCCAAGUGACUGGACUUCCUCUAUCGUGGUCUUCCAAUCUCAUUCCAGUGCCAGAUCAACCUCAGUUUGCAGAAGGGUUGAGCUAGACCACUGGCUCCCCCCUUUCGAAGGCUGAGAACAUUCAUGUAACUCUGUAGCUGUGGUAAAGUUAAUAGUGUUGUGUGGCUCAUUUGGUCCCCAUAAUUGAGUCCAAUUUGCUGCCACAGCUUCUAAUGUUGCGCUGGUUUAGCGUCUGUUUCUCAUCUCUCCUCACAAAGUGAGAGUAAGUUGUAGAGAGGAGGUGUUGAAUCAGUCCCAUGAUGGAGGACAAUGACUCGUGUAUCAGCGUAGGACAAAAGCCGUGUGCAGUGCCUGCAGUAAUUCCGUACUGUAAAGCUGCCCUUUUGUCAGCAGUGCCCUGACUCUCUUUGUCUCUUUUGGCAGGGUGCUCAUUCAGGAGGAAGCAGCACUAGCUGUCCUUCCCGGAGCUGAAGGGGAGAGGAGGGGAUGGACCGGUUGAUAUCAGCGUCUUAUGACCCCAGGGCAGCAGUCUGGUCAAAGACGAGACCUGAAGGCAGACCAGACAGCGGGAGGAUUUCCACUGUUGAUGUCGAUAGAUUGGUUGUUGCUGAAACUGGUUGUUGCUGUAACUCCACCCUCCAACCCUGUCUCUCUUAAUAAAAUAUUGUUUUGGCUAAAUAAGCA